CUUGACGUACAGUGACCCUGGGCCAGUCCUGUCAAACUGUCACUGAAACUGGGAUCUCACGUCGGCAGGCUACUGUCUCUCGACGAUGGAGCGGAAAGUUGCUCGAGAAUUUAGGCACAAGGUGGAGUUGCUGAUUGAAAAUGAAGCAGAAAAGGAUUACCUGUACGAUGUCCUCCGCAUGUAUCACCAGUCGAUGGAUUUGACAGUGUUGGUGGGGGACCUGAAGCUGGUCAUCAACGAACCAAAGCGCUUGCCCUUGUUUGAUGCCAUCCGACCUCUCAUCCCACUCAAACACCAAGUGGAGUACGACCUGCUCACCCCCAAGAGGUCACGUAAGCUCAAGGAGGUGCGUCUGGAUCGGACCCAUCGAGAUGGACUGGGUCUGAGUGUCCGUGGAGGUCUGGAGUUUGGCAGCGGUCUCUAUAUAUCCCAGAUCGUCAAAGACGGUCAGGCCGGGAAUGUUGGCCUUCAGGUUGGCGAUGAGAUUGUGCGCAUCAAUGGAUACUCCAUCUCCUCCUGUAUACACGAGGAGGUCGUCAGUCUCAUCAAGACAAAGAAGAUUGUGUCACUCAAAGUCAGACAUGUGGGGAUGAUCCCAGUGAAAAGCUCAUCAGAUGAACCCCUCAAGUGGCAGUUUGUUGACCAGUUUGUGUCUGAGUCAGGGGAGAAAAAAAACAGCAUUGCAGGCUUGGCAUCCAUUGGAGGCAAAGAAAUCAAGGAGAAGAAGGUUUUCCUUAGCCUCGUGGGUACCAAGGGUAUGGGCAUCAGCAUUUCCAGCGGUCCAACCCAGAAACCUGGUAUCUACAUCAGUAACGUCAAGCCAGGCUCUCUUUCUGCGGAAGUUGGACUUGAGAUUGGAGACCAGAUUGUGGAGGUGAAUGGGGUGGAUUUUACUAAUACGGACCACAAAGAGGCUGUGAGAGUCUUGAAGAGCAGCAGGAGUCUGACUAUUACUGUUCUGACAGGAGCUGGCAGGGAGUUGUUCAUGACAGAUGAGGAGCGUUUGGCAAUGGAGGCCCGCAGGGAGCUGGAUAGGCAGGAGCUGAUGCACCAGAAGAGGGUCGCGCUGGAGACCAACAAAAUCAUUAAAGAGCAGCAGGAGAAGGAGAAGCAGAGAAAAAUGGAGAUCUCUCAGAAAGCUGCAGAGGAAGAGGAGCGCUAUAAAAAAGAGAUGGCGAGGAUUGAGGCUGUGGAGAGGGAGCACAGCAGAGAGUGGGAGGAGGACUGGGGAGCCAAAGAUAGACCCAAGAGUCCUAAGAGCCCUCAACGCACCCCACCUGAGACAAAACCCCCCAAGGCUAAGAGUUCUCCGUUUGGCUGGUUAUAUCGAUAUGAGGGGAAACUGCCAUCACUCCGCAAGAAAGGAGAAAAGAAGAAGAAAAAGAAGAAAGGUUCCAACAUGGACACACUGCAGGAACAGAGAAAGAACAAGAAGGAGAUGGAGUUUGAGCUGAAACUCGCCAAGGAGAAGGAAGAGAUGUAUGAACGAGAGAAGCAACUGAAGAUCAAUCGGCUGGUCCAGGAGGUCUCAGAGACGGAGAGAGAAGACCUCGAGGAGUCGGAGAAAGUGCAACACUGGGUGGAGCGUCUUUGUCAGACUCGGUUGGAGCAGAUAUCCAGUGGGGAGAAUGAAUCCCCAGAGCUCUCCCCGCCGCGCUCUCCUGCUUCGGAGCCCAAGGUGAAGCGCUUCCCUGGCGGCCUCCACCUGGCCACCACUGACCUGGAUGACAUUAACCUUGGUGACGUGGAUCAGAGCCUGAGAGGCCCUCUGAAGAGAUUGGCCCCCACCCAGCCCAGCACUAGCCAGCCUCCCCCUCCCUUGCCUCUCCCUCCGCCCUCACCUAAGCUGCACCCCACAAUACCCAACUACUCCCCUCCCUCCUCUCGAGCACCCCCGCAGCGGCGGCCUCCUUCCGGACCCAGCGCUGUAAAACCUCCAUCUGGCCCGUCCGCCUCGGCCAACAAGGGGCGCAGGCCUCACCCUCAGCCUCCCCAGCCCCCCCGCCCGCCUUCUUCCCACUAUCCUCCUCCGUCUCAGUCGUCGUGGCCUCCAUCCUCCCCUCAGCCUGCUCCACGGCCUCCUCCUCCUCCUCCUCCGCCGCCACCCCCUCCCCCACCACCCCCUCCGCCUCCCCCUCCACCCCCACCGCCACAACGCUCGGACGAACGAGUAGGAACCCUCAGCGGGUUCCGCCAGCAUCACCACCAUCACCUCCAACACCCUCCCAGUCCUCCGGAGCACAGGAGCGAGUGGGAGGCCGGCGGCUACCUCCCGAGAGGAGGCAUUUACUCGUCCAACACCAGUGAAAUGUCUUACCCCUCUAGUCCAAAGGUAAUGAGAAAGACUUCCCAUGCCAGUCGUAUUUCCAAUUCAAGCACCCCCUUGCAACUAGCUCCUAGUCCCCCCAACCAGAGGCAUCAGAUGUCCCCUGUCAUGUCUAAACCCGUCAUGCUGCCGCAGUCCCAGACCCACCGACCAGAUCCACUCAGAGCUGCACUCCGUUCUGAUGCCCUGCCUCCGGAAAUGCUGAAACGCAUGGUGCCUUACAACUCGUCUUUUAAAUCAAACAGGAAACAACAAGAAUUUCAAAAAUACGAGGAAGAUUUUGAUCCCUACUCCAUGUUCUCCCCAGAGCAGAUAGACGGGCGAGAUGUGAGACUGCUGAGAAUCAAAAAGACUGGACAGCUUGAUAUCGCUCUGGAGGGAGGGGCAGACUCUCCGUUGGGAAAGUUGGUGAUAUGUGCUGUGUAUGAAGGUGGCGCUGCAGAUAAGCACGGUGGCGUGGUACCCGGGGAUGAACUCAUGGCCGUGAACGGGAAGAUCCUGGUUGAUGCCGCGCUGACUGAGGGACAAAACUGUCUGGCUCGGGCCUGGAAUAGUGGAGGGGACUGGAUCGAUGUUGUGAUCAGCGUUUCCCCUCCGAAAGAAUAUGAAGAUGAAGUAACAUUCUUUUAGUCUCAUCAACAGCCUGCCAAGAAGACCACACUGGUUAGAAAGAUCACUGUCGCUGAUGAUUCACAUUUACGCUGAAGACGGUCUUUUGUUUUUACUUCAAAGUGACUAUCACGGUCUGAUUAAGCGUUUUGUCAUGUAUGAAGAUAUUGGCACCAUACAGUCAAUACACAUUCUCAAUGCAUUCCUUCCUAUCUUGUUUUGUCAAAGGAUGAUCCAGUCAAUAGUCCAUUGUCUCCAGUAGUCUUCUCACCUCUGUCAAGCCGGUAUACGGUUUACCUCAUUUAGAUCCGCAGGGCCAUGAUCGUCCCCUUCAGACGUGUGUCCCAUGUGUCUGCAUUUCAAAAAAAAGGACGAGUUAAAACAUGCAAACUAUAAUCAAUAGCAUCUCUGUAAUCUUCCUUUCCAAAGCCUAAUAAAGCCCAAUUCUGAUCUUUCCGUUGUGCA